GGGAAUGUGUUAUAAAGGUACUCACAUGCUCUUCCAGAAUGAGGUGCAGCAAACUAACUCGCAAGCAAAAGCUCUGAGUCGUCCAUUCAGAGCCUUAAACCAGCCUUCUGUUGAUGGUUGCUGCUGUCCACAGGGCAAAGCAGGCAUUAUGCUGCUGGAGAUAUUCCUGAUUUUGGGGGCAAUCAUCAUCUACUUCGUGGUUUCCAAAAAGAAAGAAGAGACGCUCGCAUUCAAAGAGGGAUGGUGGGGAAAGGGACAGAAACCUGACACUGAAGAAGAUAGGACAAUUAGGCCAUUCAAGGUGGAAACUACAGAAGAAGAGCUAAGCGACUUAUUUAGAAGACUUGACCAGGCUAGAUUCACUGAGCCACUGGAGGACAGUUGCUUCCAUUAUGGGAUUAACGUGGCAUGUCUCAGGAAGGUUGUCUCCUACUGGAAAAACCAGUUCAACUGGAAGAAACAAGUUGAAGUUCUCAACAAGUAUCCCCACUUCAAAACUAAAAUUCAAGGCAUUGAUAUACACUUUGUUCAUGUAAAGCCUCCUCAUUUGCCUGAGGGCCAGUCUGCAAAGCCACUGUUAAUGGUUCAUGGUUGGCCUGGCUCAUUUUAUGAAUUUUACAAAAUUAUCCCUCUCCUGACGGAUCCUGCCAGCCACGGCCUCAGCAGUGAACAUGUAUUUGAAGUCAUUUGCCCCUCCAUCCCUGGAUACGGCUUCUCAGAAGCACCUCACAAAAAAGGCUUUGAUUCUGUAAGCGCUGCUUCUGUAUUUUAUGAACUGAUGCUCAGAUUGGGAUUCCACGAGUUCUACGCACAAGGUGGUGACUGUGGCUGGCUCAUCUGCACCAAUCUGGCCCAGAUAGCUCCCAGCCAUCUGAAAGGUCUUCAUUUAAACCUAGCCUUAGUUACAAACUUGGGGUUCACCCACCUGCUCUCCAUUCUGCUGGGCCGCUACUUUCCAGGGCUCUUUGGUUUCCACGAGGAAGACGUCAGGAGGAUGUUUCCCUUCUUGAAAAAGGGGCUCUACAAGAUGUUGGAAGAGUCUGGCUAUAGUCACAUACAGGCUACAAGACCUGAUACUGUCGGCUGUGGUUUGAAUGACUCUCCAGUAGGACUGGCUGCAUACAUCUUGGAGAAGUUUUCUGUGUGGACUGAUCCAGAAUUCCUUAACUUAGAAGAUGGAGGACUUGAGAGGAAGUUUAACCUGGAUGAUCUUCUCACCAACAUCAUGAUCUAUUGGGUGUCAGGCUGCAUGGUCUCCUCAAUGCGUUUCUACAAAGAAAAUUUGCAUAAAGGAAUAGGCACACAGAAACAUGAAAAGCUCACAGUGCAAGUACCUACUGGCAUUGCCUCCUUUCCUAAUGAAAUCAUGCACAUACCCCAGGCUUGGGCCCAGAAGAAAUACACCAACAUAGUUUCCUUCCAUUUCAUGCCUCGAGGUGGCCACUUUGCAGCAUUGGAGGAACCUGAACUUCUUGCUGAAGAUAUUCUACAGUUUGUUGGGAAAGUAGAGAAAGAGCAACUCUGGACAAAGAAAAAAAAGUAACUCCCCUUAGGAAAAGGAGGGUAAUUGCUUACAGCUUAGCAAAUGUACAGGCCUUAGUAAGUCUACUUUAAUCAGUGUAAUUAGAUCUCACUCUCAAUCAGACGUGAGAAGACAGCAAGAAAAAUGCAGGAUAGCUAGAUAAAAUACAUCUUCAGAAACUUAAAUCUGCUAAUUUUAAAAUGUUUUAAAUUUUCUUAGCAGCUAGGCUAAGAACAUAGCAUGAAGGUUGCUUGGUUAUUUUCUCCCUCUCAGCAGAGACUUCUAAAAUCUGUUCUGUAACACUACUGCCUCAUACACAGAAAUUGAAAAAUAGACCUUCCCACUAAUUAUGCUCAGUUUAAUUGUUACUAACAGCUUUUCUCCAUGACAGCAGUAAAAAUUGAGUUGGUGUAUGUGAGAGAUUCCUCACAUAAACAAUGGGGAACAGCUUAACAAGACCUAACUGCAUCCAUUAAUCAGCAUUGAUCUACAGUGCCCAGUAAGACAGCCAGCUGGCUGCCUUUCUCUUACAGCUUGUGCUGUUAAGCAGCUUUCUGGCUGCAAGAAAGCUCCACUCCCCUGCGCCGGGCUCUCCCAGGAAAACAAUGUGUGAGGAGCAGCUGAAGCGUCAGCUGAGUGCAUGAGCCACAUCGGCUCCCAUAGCUUGAACCAGGAGGAGGAGCAGGGAUAGGAGUAAUUAUAUGACAUGACAAGCUACCUCUGCACUGAAUUUCUGCCCUUAACUAAAAUGUAAAUGUAAAAGCCCUGGACAGGUUCAAGACACAGUAGCUUUGCAUUGCUUCCGCAGGGUAUUGUAAACACAUCAUAUUAACAAAUAAAACAUUGAUUAAAUUGAAAUUAAAAGGAACUCGCUUUAAAUUUUGAUUAACACUUACACACAAACAUUUGCCUUAUGUUUUUAAACAGGUGAGAUUUUGUUUAGUGACAGCAAAAGUAAAUGGCAAAUUAGAAACUAUUGAUUCUGUAUUAUAUCUGUUACAGAAUCAGGUUGAAUUUGAAGGGCUGAGUAUCUUUACUUAAAACAAUCCCCAGUGAGUGCAGCUGAGCUUCAGGCACUGUUAAGCAGAUGAGUGAUUUCAGAAUGGCUUCGUUCUCCCAUCAUGUGUGAUAUACUUCCCUCCUUAUGCUUGCAGGGUAAAUAUAAUCCAUUAAUAACACUUGUGUAGAUUAGUUUUAUUUUACAGCAUUAAUCGGAAUGGAAACUGUUAAAUAACAGUUACUGCUUCUUCCCACAGUUUGGUGUGGGGAAGGCAACACUGAUGCUGGACACAUUUGAAUCUGAGGGCUCAAAGCCAGCUUUCUGGCAUGACAGACUGCUUGUAGAUCAACUUUGGCCAUUUUUCCAAGCAGGGAUGAGAGCUCUCACUACCUGUACUCCAGCCUUUUGUGUUCUCAUCUGCUAAAUAUUGACACUUAGGCUGGUUUGAAGAGACAGGCAAGAAAAUAUAGAAUUGUUCAGGUUCAGUGUUGCCAAAACAUGGCUUAUUCAGAAGAAAUGGGCUUACCUCUGACAGUGACAGCUGGUCAUAAGGUUCCGGGCUCCCUCCUGCACUAAUCCUUGAUCUCUGGCCAUUUGUUUUUGUCUUACUUCUCUCUCUUGCACGGCCUUGUAUUUCAGAGCUGGAGAUCAUCCUCUCUCAUCUUUAACACACAUGCAGACAUCUGCUGUGGUGCUAGGAACACUGCCAUACACAGAUAUAACUGAAUACUUCCCUAGAGGCUGCUCAGUUUCAGUGCAGAUAAAGUAAGUGGGAAGGAAGUUGGCUACAUGAUACCUGGCAAACCCUUUUUCAGAUGUAAGUAGAAGGCAUGAAGCAUUUUCCGUCUUCUGUCUCCUUUUCUGGAGCAGAUCUGCUUGAAGGGGACCAGCCUCAGUGAAGAGAGGCACAUCAGGGCUCACUUAGCAACAUUAUGUUACAGCACCCAUCCAGGCACCAGAAAAAACAACAACAAAC